AUGAAUCAAAGUGAAACUCAUGAUUUACUAGCCUUUAGUAACUCGACGUUUGUGCUAAAACCCGAUCAAGUUACCGUUCGAUUAAUAUUAUAUUAUAUUAUUACUCUGCUGAGUAUUAUAUGCAAUUUGAUUAUCUUGAUUGUAAUAGCUCGAGAUCGUAAAUUACGGACAAAAAGCAAUUUAUUUAUAGUAAACUUAGCCAUAAUCGAUGUCAUUACUGGUUGUGCUAAAGAUGUUUUCCUUAUUAUCACCCUCCAUUAUCAGCAUUGGAUAUUUGAUCAAACUGUCUGCGAAAUCAGUGGAUUUAUUAAUAUAAUUUGUUAUGAUGUAACUAUGAUAACGUUAACAUUUAUUGCCGUUUUUCGCUAUAUCACUGUAUUUCAUGGUAAACAUAUUCGCAUACGUAAAAAGCAUGUCAUCGCAGCUAUUAAUAUCGUUUGGAUAUUAUCGCUAAUGGAUUGCACAUUACCUCUAAUUGGCUUUGGUCGAUACAUCUAUAUUCCACACGAUUUUCUGUGCUUGCCUGUGCCUGAUAAAAUACCGGGUUAUUUAACUUACCUCGCAAUAGUAUUUGUUUUGGUGCCUUUUAUUGUUAUAACCUUUUGUUACCUUGCAAUUCUGCUACGAAUAUUUAGUAACAAUCACAGAAUAGCAAGACAACUCAGAUUACCGCACACUAGUUCUAGACACUUUCGUGCUCAAUCGUUGCGCCGCGAAAUUGAAACCACUUGGAGAAUGUUUUUCGUAUACUUAGCUUUCAUAAUCAGCUUUGUGCCUUAUGCCAUUAUUGUUUAUUUACUAUUACCAGCUAGAUAUAAUGUUUCGCUAGAUGUCCAAUGGGUAGCAGGUUUUUUAGUCUGUGCUAAUAGUGCCGUUAAUCCUUUUAUAUAUUACAUAAUGUAUCCGAAAAUGCGUAAGGCAUGUAAUAGUCUGCUAUACUCCCUAGUUAACCCAAACUUCAGAUUGGUCUCCGCUGGAGUUAAACCUAUCAAGAUAGUGCCCAAAUAG